CAGGAGUUCAAGACUUUCACUCUGUACUUUGCUGUCUUUGUUAUUGUCACGCCACGAGCAACAGUUUGUAAAUGCAGAAUAGACGAGAAAAAGGUAAGGGGGAGAUCUCUUCUAUUUUCAUGAAAAUAUGCCCGUUGCUUUUUGGAUUUCUACUCGUGUCCAGUUCUUGCAAGGCUCGGUAGGUUAUUCAAAAGUGCAAAACAGAACAAGCCAAAUCUCGAACGGAAACUUACGACUGAUAAGACUUUCAUUUACAUCUUCCUUGAAGGAUACGGUAUCGAAGUACAAAUGUAAAUUGAAGGAUGGAGACAAAGAUCUCGACGAAACUAUUAAAAUUGACUCUAAAAAGGAAACAGAAACCUUUCAGACGGCAAGUAAUGGCGGCACCAGCCCUGAUGUCCCUGGAGAGGUCGAGGUUAUUUAUGAUUUCAAACAGGUGAGUGAGAGGGGAGGAGUGGGAGGGUUAGGACAUUGAAAUAUUAAUCUUAAACUGCCGCUUCUUCACGAUGAUUGUUAAAUAUCGGUCAAGAAAAAAUAGUUUGAAACUUAUCUUUAAAGAUGGGCGAAACCACAGGUAACCCAAGCUCACUAUGAGAGCCCUUAUUCUUCUUUUCUAUAAUUGAUCAAAAUGUCAUUAAUUUUUUUACCCUCCUACGCUUACCUUUAGAUUGAUAAGCACUCUGCAAGAAAUUCACAUAACUUGAAGUUUUUUAUGACGUCGUUAAUGUUUUCGUGCUUGAUAUGUGCCCUAAACCUACAUAUUGCUCAAAAGUUACUAAGAAAGGCAAAACUUGCUCGAGGGUCCUAGAAACGCAAAAAGUUGCUCCCAACGCCAAAGGUUGCUGAAAAGUUACCGAGCACAAUCGGGACAGGCCUACAGCUAUAUUGAAAAGAAUUUGAUUUAUUUUAACAUUUUGAAGCUUUAUUAAAAACCAGUUUGUCUGUUGGCAUAGAACAUGACCAUGCACCGAAUGUCAAUUCAGAAAGCUUGUUUUCUGAGCGAAUCCACUGAUAAUUUACCAAAGCCGGCUGAUCUCAAGAGGCUGCUUGAAAGGGUGAGUACAUUUAAUUUCAGUCUAAAAGUCAUUCAGUUACUUCAUAUCUAAUGUAUGUCUUUAUCCCUCGCUGAAAAAGAGAAAUAAAAAUAUGAUUUUUUGUUCAAAAAGUUGAGUUUCGAAUAUCAACAUGUCAAAGUCUCAUGUGCUAUCAGUUUUUCACUUUUUAUUCAGAAAGGGGACUACUCUCUGUUUCUAGUUUUACACAAUACUGUGAUGGUGUCAUUCUCAAUUUCUUAACAAAAUGAAAACCCUUAUACAGUACCUUUAAACAUCUUUCUAUCUUCCCUACAGCAGUCGAAUCAGGAUAGCAGCCAGGUAGAGACACCAGGGGAAAAUGAAUAUGCGUUUGUUGGUACUCUCGAUGAUCGUUCGUUCCUAAGUGAUGAAAUGGCCGCCGUCUGCGCUAACCUGCCCAUUCACCUCAUCAAACAGAAAAACCUUUAA